AUGCAUCGCUUAACCGUUUGGGACCUAUUCCCAGAAGGUUCUCAGGAAAAUGAUACUUCCAAGGGAUCGAACUAUAAUGAUCAGAAAAAUCGAAAACUGAGUCGCAUAACCCGAAGACAGGACGGUCUUUAUAACACUUUUGUGGAUAAAGUCAUCCCAACGCUCAAAGCUAGUUCUUUGCAAAAAAUUGAUUACUCUCUACAUGACAGGAAGGGCAUUAGUACAGAAGAAGUAUAUAAUGAAAAAAAUAGGCUCAUGGAACCACUUUCUGUGGGAAGAGUGAUAGGAGAAGUGGUUGACAUUUUCAGCCCAAGUGUGAGAAUGAAUGUGACAUAUUCCACCAAGCAAGUUGCUAAUGGUCAUGAGUUAAUGCCCUCUACUAUUAUGGCCAAGCCACGCGUGGAGAUUGGUGGUGAUGAUAUGAGAACUGCUUAUACCUUGAUCAUGACAGACCCAGAUGCUCCAAGUCCCAGUGAUCCAUAUCUAAGGGAACAUCUUCACUGGAUGGUUACAGAUAUUCCUGGCACCACAGAUGUCUCUUUUGGAAAAGAAAUUGUGGUCUAUGAGAGUCCAAAGCCAGUGAUAGGAAUCCACAGAUAUGUGUUCAUCUUGUUCAAGCAGAGAGGAAGACAAACAGUGAGACCUCCAUCUUCAAGAGACCAUUUCAACACAAGGAGGUUCUCGGAAGAGAAUGGCCUUGGCCUACCGGUAGCUGCAGUUUACUUCAAUGCUCAAAGAGAGACUGCUGCAAGGAGGAGGUGA